ACGGCCGGGAGCCCGGGAGGAAGCGCCGGGACUUCCUCCAGGGGAGGCCGGCCCGGGGGCGGUGCGCGCCCCGCGGGGAGCGCGGCGAGGCGGCCGCACACGGCGCGGAGGAGGCGAUGCGGGCCGCCUGGGUGCUGCUGCCGGCGCUGGCCGCCCUGUCCGCCUACUAUGUGUACCUGCCGCUGCCCGGCGCCGUGUCCGACCCCUGGAAGCUGAUGCUGCUGGAUGCCACCUUCCGGGCGGUGCAGCAGACGUGUCACCUGAUUCACUAUCUGAGACUCAGCCAUCACUUGAUAGUUCUGAAUUAUUUGAUUUGCACCUUUGACAAGCUGAAGUCUGUCUCCUCUGAAGACAUUAAAAUCACGGAUGCUGUUUUUGACGGCGUGGAAGUGAGAGUGUUUGAACCUCCUGCGAAGGGAGAUGAAAGCCUCAAGCGCAGCGUUGUUUACAUCCACGGAGGGGGCUGGGCCUUGGCUAGUGCAAGAACAAGCCUUUACAACAAUCUCUGCAGAAUCAUGGCUGAAUCUCUCAACGCUGUUGUUGUCUCCGUUGAAUAUAGGCUGGUGCCUGAGGUGUGCUUCCCCGAGCAGUACCACGAUGCUCUUCGUGCAACAAAGCAUUUCCUGCAGCCUGAUGUCUUAGCUGAGUAUUCAGUGGACCCCAGUCGAAUUGCAAUCUCUGGGGACAGUGCAGGAGGGAAUCUGGCAGCUGCUGUGUGCCAGCAGCUUAGCAAAGACGAGGAUUUGAGCGUCAGACCGAAGCUGCAGGCCUUGAUUUAUCCAGUCCUCCAGGCGUUUGACUUCAACACCCCUUCCUACCAGCAGAACAUGAACAUGCCCGUGCUGCCUCGCUACGUCAUGAUCAACUACUGGAUCGAUUACAUCAACGGCAACUACGACUUGGCUCACGAGCUGCUGAUCAACAACCACACGGCCCUCAACGUGGGCCGGGCGCUCUCCUUCCGCGCGCGCCUCAACUGGACGUCGCUGCUGCCUCCCUCCUUCAAGAAGAACUACAAGCCGGUGGUGCAGACCACGGGCACGGCGGCCAUCGUGGAGCGGCUGCCGGCGCUGCUGGACGUGCGGGCGGUGCCGCUGCUGGCGGACGACGCCACGCUGGCGCGGCAGCCCCGCACCUACGUGCUGACCUGCGAGAACGACGUGCUGCGCGACGACGGCGCCAUGUACGCCUCGCGCCUGGAGCGCGCCGGCGUGCCCGUCACCCUCGACCACUUCCACGACUGCUUCCACGGCUGCAUGAUCUUCACCGUGUGGCCCACGGAUUUCUCCGCCGGCGUGCAGACCAGGAACAGCUACAUCAAGUGGCUGGAUGAGAACCUCUGAAGGGAGGGAAGGCUGGAAGGCACAGGGUGGGCGUGUGGCUCCGGUGUCUGUGCUGGCAAAAGAGCAAACAAUCAAAAAAGUGCACUUUUCCCAGUUCUGACUUCGCUGUUCAGUGCAGCUGCUGGGGGUACAAACCACUAACUGCAGCAUUUUCUAGCUCUAUUUGCCUUGCCCAGUAAAGAAUUUUUAGAAGUAUUUUUUUCAAAGCAAUUUUUUUCCCACUUUCUCCCAGAUGAUAUUGCCAAACAUAAACACGGAUUGAGCAGGGAGAUCAGGACUCCUGCAGGAUUCUUACCUGGCUGAAACUUUUGAGCUUUGACUCUUAAUUAGGUACAAAGGCCCUGGCUUUCAAGUGAUGUGGGAUAAAUCCUAACCACCUACACCUACUUCUGAAUAUGUAAAAAUGUGAGCUAGUUUACAGCAGUGUUGAGCAUCUGAUGUCACAGUGAGAACACUCUCCUUGGGCAGCAGGGCCAUGCAUUUGAAUGACAAGCACAGAUUUAGGUGUUGGCUUUUUGCCACAGACGAACGGCUCAUUUAAAAUUUUUACGAAAUUUUUUACAAAAGCUCUUCUAGACAGUUAAAAUGAUGCUCGAUGAGUCUUUUAGGCAAACCUGUAAUUCAGCUUUGGAAUUUGGUCUUUACCGCCUUUUAAUUAUUUAUAUUUUAAGAAGGUACAGGACUAAAUAUAUUUUCAAUAAAAAGUAUGAUAGCAUAAACACAAAUAGGUAAGAUCAAAUAUCAGGUGUAGCAGGAGAAUGCAGCUUUCCUGUGUGAGUGACCUUCAAAGCUGACUACUUAUUUGGCUAAAGAAUGUGACUUCACCUAUGUUGAAAACCUUAGUUGUAUGACCUCCUUAGAGAAAAUACUGACCUUACUACAGAUAGUCUGCUGUGUGGUUUGCACUAAUGUUUGUAAUUAGUAGAAGUUUUUGUUCAUUGACUUUUGUUUUGUGUUUGUAGUUUUUACUAUAUUUCCUGCUUCAUGAAAGGAGGAAAGCAAGUGAAUAGAGGUGGGUUCCAAUCUGUACAGAUACUUAAUUCUGUACAAUAUUUAAUUCUGAGCUUUGCAGCUGAACUUUUUCUCAGUCUUGUAGACUGCUCCAGGCAAGGUGAUCUCGCUAUUGGGCAGCAAAUCUGUGCAGUUUGAGCCAGUCUGUAAAGUUUGGACAGGCAGGACAGGGGAGUGAAACCACUUUGUGACUAUCUAUUGUCCAGGCUGCUCACAGCUUGCAGAAAUGAAGGUGGUGUCAAAAGCCCAGAGGCACAAAGGAGAGAGUAGGAGAUUAAAUUCAUCAUCAGCUUUACCACAGACCCUGUGAGUCCCCAGGAGAACAAUGUCAUCUCCUUACACCCCACUCCUGCAAGGGAGGGAGGAAUGUCCUACCUCACAAAGGAGCUGUGAAGCUGAAUUCUCAGGCAUGGGUGAAGCACACAGAUGUGAAUGUGACUGCAGGAACUCUGGCUUUUGACUUUCCAUCCUUCUCCAAGAGCUGGCUCAGAACAGCCUGUCCCACAUCAGGGAUGCUACUGGGCUCAUGUCCUGCUGAGCAGUUUGUUCCCCUCUGUCCUGGUUCCUGUCAGGAACCCUAAGGUGAGGCUUCUUCGCCCUUAGCCUUGGAGAUCAUGAGAAAGGCAAUUUCAUUAAAGCAUUCCUUAUAUGAAAUUUCCUUAUGAAAGUUCUUCAAAAAACCCCAUCAGGUACUGAUCAAACUGCCUUCUGACAUUUAAAACAUAUACAGAGCAGUCCCCUUUCACUGGGAUUUAAAUUAAAUAGGAGAAUGGCUUUGCAGAAUCACUGUUUCCUGGAAACACCAGGUUGUUAACGUGGUUGUGUGUAUUAAGAAAAACCAUUAACGAGACAAGGCCUGGAUGUCAGCUCAGUCAUGCAGGCCAAAAUUCAUUCCCAGCACAGUUCACACGAAGAUCACAAGGCAAAGCUUUUUCAACAGUGGCCCAGAUUCUUCCAUUUAGCAUUUACAAAGACUUGGUGGAAUUAGAGCAACCAAGUGACAAUCUCAAUCAGAAUAAAUUUUGAUCAAGAAACCCAAUUAGCACUGCAGAGGAAUUCAAACUUUUUAUCUGGAUUUAAACCCUUUCCUCCUUUUCCCCAUAAACACAGCUUCAUAGAUUGUAUGUUUUAAACAGACAGCAAGAGAAGUUACAUCCGUUCAAAAGACAAGUUACUAAUCUGCUCCAGACUCCUUUCUCUUUAUAUGGAGACAGCUACAUUUACCUGACUUUAGACUAUGACUAAAAUAGUAAAAAAAAAAUAAAAAAAAAAACCACUAUACUGAGUUACAACAAAAGGCUUCUUCCUGAAUUUCCUGCUUAAAGAAUAAACCCAUAUCAGAAAAGAUAUCAUUUAUAUCUACUCACUGUCAUUAGUAUAAUAUGUGGCUAUACUAUGAUUGUAUGUCAUAGUAUAACUGUAGUACUGGAAGAAAAUUGUUAAUAUUCCUAUAGAUCUUAUAAUAAUGAAGUUUUCCUGAGAGCUUUCUGCAAAGCUUUAGGUCAGCAUUUGUUUAUAGCUAAGUUAUAAAUAUCUGUUAUGAACCUAAAAUAUAAUUGCUGCUGUUUUGUUUUUGUUUUUUUUUAACUGAAAUGAAAGGGAGAGCUGGAAUAUAUACACACAUAUAUAUUCAUGGAGUUGGUUGUAAAUUUCCUUCAUGCACUGAAGCACAUUAAAGUCUUGGCACAAGAGAUGGUAGUAAGUUUAUAACUGGAGUGGAUGUGUUUACGAAGCUGCCAGCAGCCUGGUGCGAUAGCCGAGAGAGAUCACAGCACCACGUGGAUGUGAUGUACAGUAUUAACUACUUCUGUCAAAGCAUCUGGACUGCUUUGAUCUUGCAGCCAUGUGGUUUAAUACCUGAUAGCUGCAGAGAUACCUGAGGGAUCCUACAACAUGGAAAAAAAGAGGUCUGAGUUCCAGCUCUAAAAAGACCUUUAGUUCACAGCCGCACAAGACACUGAUCAAAUUCAGUGUAAACCUUCAAGUGAGUGUUAGUCCCAACCCAGCUUUCCUCCUCCUGUGCUUUGUUCUCCUUUGCACACAGUCCCCAUUUCCCAUAUUGAAAGUUUAGGGUUGUUUCCCGCUGUGUUGCUGCAAACUCCUAGGAACUGACUCAGGGUUACAGAAAACAGAUGCCUGAUAGCAAGGGAUUAAGAUUAAUCCGUGUUACAACACCUGGAUUUGUUCCUGCAUUUUCCUACUUCUCCAAGUGUGUCCUCAGGCAUACCUUGCACCUUCAUCCCUUUUCACAAAGGUUAUUUCACAAAGCAGUUUAGGGCACUUGCACGAUGUAGGAUCAGAGCAAGUGUUUGUAGCAAUAUUCCACCUGUGCAUGGUAGAGUCUUUUCAGAGAAGAUCUUCAAUGAGUUUGUUUUCUUAUCAUGAUUUUGGCUAGGUAGCUUUUGUAGGUAGCUUUUCUUCCCUUCUACAAUUAGACUCUAUCCUUCUAUUGCAAAAAUCUCUUGUUCCUGAUGGCUAUCGAAGCAUUCAGAUGAAAGUUUAGAAAAAAAAUACAACAAAAUCAAUGAGCAUAACAGAACCUGUAGUCACUCUUAUCCUGCUUCAUAGACCUGAGAACUAUAUUAGUGGGUCUCUAGUAUUUUGGCUAAUACUUGCAGGAAUAGAUGGAGAUUUUGUCUCCCUAGCUGAGGACCUCUUAAAGGAUGGGCGUUCAACAUUUCUGAAAGCCCAGACCUCUUUAAAGAGGUUUCAUGACGCAUAAAAAUCACAAAUAAGUUGAGUUUCCUAACCUUCAUGUAAGUAAUGCCAGAACUGCAUUCCCAGUCAAAGCAGAAAGGCCAUUGUGAGUUUUAAGCCCUACAAACUAGACAGAAAUACUUCAUCUUUAAAACAUUAUUUUGUAAUAUUUGGGCCUCUAUAUUUUUAAUCUCUUACUAAACUUUACAAGAAACUUUUAAAAAUAAAAAUACUGUAAGCAGGUAAACUUGAGUUAAACCUUUUAAGCUGCUAUGAUCUGUAACAGUGAUAUUGUUAAAAAAAAAUAAAUCUAAAACCAGCUGGUUUAAUGUUCUCAUAUUUAUGAUGUUCAAAAGCCCAACAUACAACAUAAAGGUGAAUGCAUUCAGUACCUUAUGCAUGACUGGUUUUUGCUUUGUCCCAGAGCAGGGGAAAGAUUUGUAAGAUUUCAUUACCAAGUGUGAUUUGAGAUAUGCUGUCAAAAUGAAGAAUAAACAAAUAAAGUGAAAUAUA